UUUUUGACAUAUUCAAUGAGGUCACAUGAUCAAACUCGCAAACAUGGCGGAUGAUGAAGUUAGUAAACUUCAGAACCAUCUAAGUUUGUUGAGGGAAGAGUACGUGAAGCUGCAGAAUCGACUGGCUGAUGUUGAGAGGCGAUAUCAAGUGGCCAUUGCUGCUUCAGGCGGCACUGGAGAAGCUCAGGAUGGAUUUGUGUCCAGACUUCUCAAAUUCAUUGCUGACCUCUUUGACAAAGACCAAUACAGUGAUCUGGUGAUCCAGCUAGAGGGCGGCCAUGACGUGAAGGCCCACAAGUUCAUCCUUUCAGCCCGCAGUGAUGACUGGGGUGUGGCGGACCUCUCCACAGUUGCAGAGCUGAAUAUGACAGAUAUCCGUCAUGAUGUAGCCUUUGCCUUGAUCCGAUGGAUAUACACGGAUGAGAUAAACAUCAAAGCUCAGGACUCCUUCCUACUAGAGCUCCUACGAGCAGCCACAAGGUUCAAACUUGAGGAGUUGCGAAACAGGUGUGAAAAUGGGCUCAUGUCCUUUGUAAAUGUAAAGAACUGUAUAAAGUUCUACCAGACAGCGGAGGAGAUGCAGGCAGAGGUGUUGAAGAAACAUUGCUCGGAGCUCAUCUCUAACCACUGGGACCAGUUCACGAGGGAAGACUUUGUGAGCAUGCCAGCCCCCCUGCUAUACAAGAUGUUUAAGACCAAGACAGAAUAUCCUUUGCACACUGCCAUCCGUACCGAGAGGGAAGAUGUCGUGUUCCUCUAUCUUAUUGAAUUUGAUGCUCAGUUGUCAGUGAAAGUGAAUGAGGUUGACAACAAAGGUGAACUUGCGCUUGACCUUGCCCUGAAGACUCAGCAGCGCAGCAUAGCACAGACACUGAUGGCCAACAAAGCUGACGUCAACAGGAAGGAUAACUCUGGCAAAUGUCUACUGUACAAAGCUAUACAAAGAGGUGAUGAGUUUGCUGCAGAGUUCCUCAUCACUAACGGUUGUGAUGUGAACAUGGCUACCCACCUUGACAAAGAGACGCCGUUGCACAUGGUCUCCAGAUUUGACCCAAAGGUGACCGAUACUGGUGUGAUACAGGGCAUGGCCAAGGUGGCUAAACUGUUGGUUGAUCAUAAGGCAGAUGUCAAUGUACAAGACUCGACUGGCUGCACUCCUCUUCACAACGCAGUGCUCAGUUGUAAUGAGCCAGUGUUUUCUGUGUUGACCUCAUGUGGCCGGGUGGACCUGGAGAUAAAGAACUCAGAGGGGCACACAGUGCUCUGGUUGGCCCUGCAGAGACAGGCAGAGAGUCCUGUGGAGGAAAAUGGGCCCUUGUACGGGGAGAAAACUCUGGCUGCUCAACUGAUCACGGCUGGAGCAUCGCCAGACGCUGUGGAGCCAGAGACUGGUAACUCUCUGCUUCAUCUGGCAGCGCAGCACGGCUACCAAGAGGCGGGCAUUUUCCUCGCAGACCACAGAGCUUCGGUGGGGCUGGCAAACUUUAAGGGCGAGACACCCUUACAUUACGCCUGUGAGGAAGGCCUCACAGAAUUGGUGCGCAUCUUGCUAGAAAAGGGGGCCAAUCCCAAUGCGCAGACUGUUCGGACCCCGACCUCCACAAUCAACAUGGCUGCCCUUGGCUACGGGGAAGAUGAGAAUGCAGAGAUUUCCCAACAGACACCGCUCCACCUAGCCUUGACCAAAGGUCAUCACUCUGUGGUGCAAGUAUUCCUCGAUCAUAAAGCCCAGUUGUCCAAGUCUGGGGCGACGGGUACGAAGGUACUGCCCAACUUCAACGUGAAGGACUCGCGAGGUCAGACGGUGCUGGCUCUCUCUCUGUGGAACAACAUGCAUGACAUGGCGGACAAACUCCUGGCCUGUGGGGCCAACAUCAACGAGAAGAACUCCGCUGGGAUGACGCUGUUACACCAGGCCAUAGAAGCUCAAGAUGCACCAAGUGCCCUGUUUCUGAUGGAUCACUUGGCAGAUCUGGAAUCAAUCUCUCCUGACAAGCAGACAGUUCUGCAGCACGCCAUCAGCAGACACUUGCCGGUGGUGGUCAGUGCGCUGUGUGAGCGAGGUGUCAACAUGGACACCCUGGACGAGCAGGGAGACUGUCCACUGUGGCAGGCCUUGGACUCUGGACAGGAGGAGAUAGCCCACACUCUGGUAAAGCAUGGCUGUGAUGUGAACUUGUGGUCUCAGAGUCCUGUUGGAUGCUUCCAGACUCUACUUCACAGAGCUCUGGAUCAGAACAAUGAGGCUAUAGCCAGCUUCCUUAUUCGCAGUGGAUGUGACAAGAACUGUCCCCGUCGGCCUGGGCCUAAUGGUGAGGGUGCUGAGGAAGGCAGUGAUGGUCAGACGCCUUUGCACAUGGCUUGUGCCUGGGGACUUGAGAUGGUGGUGCAGUGCCUCAUGGAGCACAGUGCAGAUGUCAACGCGCAGGACGCGGAGGGUAAGACACCCGUGCACAUUGCCAUAGAGAACCAGUUCCCAGUGGUCAUCUCCCUUCUCCUGUCUCACCCUGGCCUGGACCUGAAGGCCCGGGACAAGCGGGGUCACUCCCCCUUUGCGGCCGCCAUGUUGACCAAAGACAACAAAGCCGCUCAGGCUAUUCUCAGCCGGGAACCAACGGCUGCAGAACAGGUGGACAACAAGGGGCGUAACUUCCUGCACACGGCCAUCACCAAGGCGGACAUCGAGAGCGUGUUGUUUUUGCUGAGUGUGCACGCCAAUGUGAACUCGCGCUCUCAGGACAGCCAGAACCUGACGCCGCUACACUUGGCUGUGCUGGCCAGCUCUGAGAUCAUCGUGCGGAACCUGCUUCUGGCUGGAGCAUUAGUCAACGAGCGCACCAAGACAUGUGAGACAGCUCUCCACCUGGCUGCCGCCAAAGACUGCAGCACUAUCUGCUCCAUCCUCCUGGACAACAGCGUAGACUUUGACGCUGUGGAUGAAAAUCUCAAUAAUGCCUUGCAUCGUGCUGUGAUCAAUGGGAAUCUGAACACAGUGAAAGUGUUACUCACUGAGUCCACCAUUAACGCCGAGGCUGUUAAUGCCAAGGGACAGAAUCCGCUGCACAUAUUGGGUCAGUACGGCAAAGACAACGCAGCAGCCAUGUUUGAACUGUUCCGCGACACUAUGCCAGAGUACCCCAUAGACAGGCCGGACAACGAGGGGAACACAGUGAUCCUGUUGGCCUACCUGAACGGUAACGGGAACCUAUGCCGUGCCCUGGUCCGCGCGGGAGCCUGUUUAGGCUGUGUCAACAAGCAAGGACUCAGCAUCUUCAACGCCCCGGUGGCCACAAAACAGCUGCUUUUCAAGUUAUUAGAUAUGCUCUCUAAAGAUGUAACGCUAAUACAUGUAUUGAUAUCACUACUUUCAGAUAUGCUCUCUAAAGAACCGCCAUGGAGCGAGGGAGAGUCUUGUUUAGAAUGUUCUGCCAAAUUUAAUAUUAAAACAAGAAAACACCAUUGCCGUCACUGUGGACGUUUGCUGUGCUCAAAAUGUUCCAGUCGAGAUAUGCCCAUUGUGAAGUUCAACCUGAGCAAGCCAGUGCGAGUGUGUGACGUCUGCUUCGAUGUUCUCUCUGUCGGGGGUCAGUUUUAAUGAAAAGAUGGGUGGCUAGUGUAGGCCUACUUGUUGGUCAGUUGUUCUAGUUCUAGUGGAGAAGUGGGUCUGUCCCAGAGGAGUUCUAGUGGAGAUGUGGGUCUGUCCCAGAGGAGUUCUAGUGGAGAUGUGGGUCUGUCCCAGAGGAGUUCUAGUGGAGAUGUGGGUCUGUCCCAGAGGCAACUUGUCAGCUCUCUACUCUCAUCACUAUUGUGAGUUUUUAAAAACAAACAACUUGAUAAAUAACUGUCACAAAUUUAAAUGAACACAAAUAUUUUUGUCUAGGUUUUGGAUAAGGUUCAAAGGAAGCUGUAUGUUAUUUCUUUUUUUGUUUUAUGAACUCUUGAAGAGUGUGAAAACGUGGGAUCUUAAAGACAGAAGAAUUAAUGAAUAAAUAGAUACUUGCUGGCUUCAAUUUGAAUUGUAUGUUUGUGAAGGAAACACAGAAGUCGCCGUAACUGUGAUGUCAUUAUUGAGAUGCUGCAAUGAAAUUCUGUGGACUGAUCACUAACAUGUUGUCACAUGAGGCAACUGACAGUUGAAAUGAAGGGCUCUGUGAUAAAGUAGGUCAUAAGCAGUAUCCAAAUUUUUUUUCUUCUUUCCUUUGGCUUGUGAGUUGGAUCUAUAACUCAUAAGUAUACGGAAGGUUAUUCCACCUUUGUAAGCAGCCAAUUCGUUAAUCCAGUUUUUCAGCAUUACAAACUUACAGAUACUUACCUUUGUACUGCCUGGACUCAGUUUUUUCUUCAACAGCGUGCACAGUACACUCUUUCUACGUUUUUCCCCCCAACAUUUUUAGAUAUAAAACAUUUUGUCAUAAAGCCUUUUCAAUAUUAAAGACUGUGGUAGAAGUUGUGUGAACUGAUAUACUUAAUAGGCAUCUGGUAUACUUUACUUUUCUGAUCCAGUGGUCAUCUCAGUUCUUGCCCUUCGGCCUGUGUAUCCAGUAUGCAAGGAACAUCUGAAAGUUGACAUUUAGAUGUCUGAGUAGACUCCCCUUACUAUUUUUUAUAAUGCUCUGCGGAAGAUUUUUCGCAUCGUACGGUGCUCAUAUUUUAUCGUAUAUUUAUCUGUUUUUGCCAGUUAGAUAGAUUUUGUUGUGUCCUCUCUUUUUUUUUCUUGUAAACUUUGCCCUGCCGCUGAGUUGUGUACAAUAUUUGAGACUUGUUGGGUCGUAAUGUCUGAUUGGUUGCUAAUAUUGUAUCAUUUUAUGUCAUGUCACAAAUAAAAAAACCCAGGGACUUUUUGUACAUUGGGACCUAACAGCACCUUUCGCCUGCACAAUGUUUUCCAAAUGAUAGACAUAAUUGGUGAAUAUAAUAUUGGUGACAAUUACGAAUUACUCUAAAAAUUGAGGGUGCUAUAAUUGAAAUGAACCGUUGCUUUUGAUCUUGUAAGAUGAGUCUGGUCUGUAUGUUUAUCUUGCUGUUUGCAUCUUGCAGGUAGUUUGUUGUUUUACAAUUCUAAGAACUUUGAGUGAUUCAGCCGAGUUUGACUAUGUGUCUGGAGAGCAAGUCCUAACUUUUUUAUAAAGGUUUUAUAUAUAUUCGGUAUAGUGUGGCUAUGCUGCUUGCGUAUAUUAUUUGCUGAUGUUUUCAUUGUUUUCCAACCUCCCUGGUGCCUGGAUAUGGCCCGAUGUGUGCACGGAUUAAGACUGAUGAUGGGAACUGCUGUGUGUGUGUUCGUGUUUUACUUCCUUUGCCCUCAUUAAAUUUCUUUACGAGUGUGGAGUUGGUUUGGUGUAAUAGUGCAUUUGCCCCAGUUUCUAGGAGUUUAGUCGUAGAAUAUCUUCUAAAGUUGCAGAAGAUUUUUUAUUUUUUUGGAGGGGGGGGGGGAGGGGGAGAAAAUUUUUGUCCUGGCUUUUUGAUAAUAACUCUGUUCAGUCAGAGACUGGCUUCUCAACUUGCCUGUUGAUGUUAUAUGUAUUGCAUACAGAAAGCACAACAGAUUGUUCAAGUCCCAUCAAUAUACUGGAGAACCAAGUCUUGUGAUCUUAAAUAUCUAUGGUGCUGGCAAACUGUACAUUAGAACCAAACUAAUGUCAUUUCAAUACAUUUAUUGUUGAAGUCUUUCCAAAUGGAAGACAGGUGUGUCUUAAAAGUUGAAAAUGAUCAUACUCAUACUAAACCACCAUGAAACCAACUUCUAGGGUCAUAUCUAGGACGUUUGGAAAAAUAAUUGAUUUUCAGGUCUAUUCCAUCACCCAACUUCAAGAGAUAUAGUGUAUUAUUCAUGAAGGCUGGGGAUUGAAUUUCAUCUUGGUCUGUGUGAUCAAUUUUACUUUCUCCAGUAGUAGUACCUGCUAGUGAACUAGCCCAUCAGAUAGUGUGCUCACUUAUCUAUUUUUGUUGUUGCUUGAAAAGUCCUGAUUUAAAACAAAUUUUCCAUUCAUGUUGUUUGUCUCGGAUGGACAAAGAGAAGCAACCAAGCUAUGCUCACUUUGGGAAAAUGGCGCAAGUAUUCAGAGGAAAGAACAGUGAGAGGGAUAUAGGUGUAUAUACAGGCCAAGGUUCUCUUCCUUUUCACAAUUUAUUGUUACUAAAAUAGGUGAGACUCUCAGCUGUACUCUGUUAUUGUUGUUUUAGUUAUAUUCCGAGACACAAUGUCCUGACUUCUGUGCUGAAGUGGUUGGGGCUCUUUGACCAUCUUCCAGAAGGUAUAAGUUUGACUUUCGUGUGGGAUAGAUGUUGUGCCAAGUAUCUUGGGCUUUGUGCUGGGAUGUGGGCCCCCACAGACCAGGAUAAGCUUGAAAGACAGAGUUGAACAACCUGCUUCCUAAAUUAUUCAAAUUGUGCCGAUGGAAGCAUAAAAUAAAGCGUUGUGCCAAUGGAGGCUUAAAGCAUAUAAAUACCAUUUCCUAAAAGACAUGUGCCAAAUAUUGAUACUGGUUCAAUGUUGUUACUGCUGUAUUCUUCUUGGAAGAGUUACUUAUUGUCGCUGCAUCAAGACAAAUGAGGAGCUCCGGGUUUGUUUGUUGUUUUUUUUUUACUCGCCUUUAAAAGUUGGAUCAAAACAGCGCUACUCAUUUUUCUUACGGCAGGGGCGAUAUGAAAGUUUUUUGUCCUUUCCAAAAUCGUGAAAAAGAACAAAUUUUAGCCGCACAAUUCAUUGAAGAUAUUAAGUUGUUAUUUUUAAUAUAAUUUUUUGUCUGAUAUUUUGACAUAUUUAUACAUUUUGUGUACCCCCUUAUACAUUCCUCAUUUUGCCUCAUAUUCCAUUUGUCAUGGAAACAGUACUUUGCUUAUUGUCAGUAUCUAUUCUGUGGGUGAAACAUUUGAAAGUCUUGUUUUAAGCUAUGCUUCAUCAUACCGUUACUGUUAAAAUUACUUUUUACGAAAGUAUGCAUGCCAAAAACUUGUGGUAGCUCUGGCUUUUUGUAAGUCUGAGAAUGUCUGGUAUUGUUCUCACCUGUGGUUUUCUUUUAGAUCCCUAGAUGAAGACAAAGACUGAGUUUUUGAAGAGCCCUGAAUAUCUUUUUCUUUAACUGUUUCCUUGCAAGAGGGGUUUCCAUGGUUGUGGUGGGCCAAUGUGUUGUAUAGUAAAGUAUAGAGAUGUGACUGGUUAACGUAAAGGUAGUGUGAGAGUGGCCAAAUAAAAUUGACAUGUUGUGUAUUAAAAUAAAGUUAGAA